CUUUGAGGGAACACACGCCCCUGUGUGAAAUGCAACUACUGUUGAGCAGAGGCUGAUGACUUGGCAUUACAGAGUAGCUCACGUUGUGAGACGAUAGAGUUGCCAGAUUUGGUUGGGGAGAAGAUUAGAAGUUAUGUCUGGUAAAGGUGCCAAGAAAAAACGCCUUGGUUCACGCCGUGUGGCACCAAAUCAGAAUGUAUCAUCUGAGGAGAUCCAUGUAACAGACGGCAGUUCAGUAACACAACACCAUGUACUAGAAGAAAGUAGUGAAUCGCUAAAUGUAUUGUCUAACCCUGACGAUUCAAAACCUGAAACCCAACAAACCCCUUCACCAGACAUCACAAUGAGCAGGAGAAAACUGGGGUCUAGUCGAAGAAAUAAAGGAAGGCAGUUUGCGAAAGACUCGGAAACUGAGCCAUAUCUUGAACAUAGAGAGGAAGUUGAGGAAAAGACCAGAGGUAAUAAAACCGUCGAAGCAACACAAACAUCACUGGCAGCUCAACUUGACAGGCAGGAGGAAUCAAGCCAAGGGAGUGUACAAGAUAUCUCUGCAACACCCGACAGCUCUUUGUCCUCAGGCAGUACACCUGACUAUUAUUAUUCUGAGGUUAAGAGCCCCAGUACAUUGAAUUCUCCAGAACACGUCACAGAAAUUUUAACUCCUAAACCUGGUAAUCUGCAAGCAGACCAGACUCAUGAAAAUGAGACCAAGCUGGAAAAGACUGACAAAUCUAACACUCCUCAAAGUGCAGAAAUGGAAGAAAAUGUUGGUAUCCUGGAGUUACCUCAUUUAAGUGCACUUUCAAGUCUUUCUGCAGAUCAACAGCUGAUCAACAUUCAACUGUCAAAUUCCAAGGAGAUGCCAGAGGAGAAACUCUCCCAUGUGAAUUCUGUAGCAGAAAUGGGGAGCAGCAAAAAUGAUGACACAGACUUGUUCAGGCGAGAUGAAAGCUUGCAGGGCAACAUCUUAGAGAGUGAGUCGCAGGUCGGAUCAGUGGCUUUGGAGUUUGCUACAGAUAAAAACAGCCCCAGAGAAAAUACUGCAAUUGAAGACAAUGUUGAGCAAGCAAUAUUUCUAUUACCAAAAGAAGAGUUGCCCACAAGUGAAAAACUAAAAGAGCUUUUCAACUUAUCUGAACUCAAAGAUGAUCAGCAUUUAGAGGAUAUUGUAAAUAAUGUGCAUAAACAGGAUUUAGAGGCAAUACAAAUGCAGACAGUGGAUCAAGAUGAUUACUCACCUGAAAGUCUGAUACUUGAUGCCACAGAAAAUGUUGAUAUUUGUGCUGGAAACCUGAAAGAUCAAGCUGAGAUCAAGGAUGUUACUCAGACAGACUUUAAAGGGGUUUCUGAUAAACCAGUGGGAGCCACACCUGAAGCAGUAGAUAAAUCUGACACAGGUGCUCAUCAAUCAGAGGACAAUUGCAAAAUCAAGCAGGAAGUUUCAACUCCUACUGUGAAACAGGAUAUGCAACCUACAAAAGAAGACAACUUAGAGGCUUUAGACCAGAUAAGUGAGGAUAAUCCUUCAUAUGAUACCAAGACACCACAGAUCAGUGACAUAGAAAGAGUGGACACUGCUCUAGUCCAGGUGUCUGAAUCUGAAGGUGGAGUAGAGGAUGAUGUAAAACCCAACCCUGAACAAAUGUUUCAUCCUGGGAUGGAACAACUCAUCUCUCAAAUGGAGAACAGCAAAUCUUCGCAAAGCUUUCAAUCGGAGACAAAUGUUGUUUUUGACUCCCAACCUCUUGACAGUUCCGCAGGCAUAGAUGAGAAAACCAACACAGGCUUCCAGCAGAGUGACAUCAGAAGAAAACUGGGGUUCAGCCGUAGAAAUAAGGGAAAACAGCAAGUUAAAGAUAAUGAACCUACAGAGGAAGCUGAUGGCAAUACAAAGGAUCAUGAACCCAGUGAAACAACAGAAAUAUCAUUAACAUCAGAGACAGCAGACCAGGAAAAAUCCACAGAGACCAUGCUGGAAGGAAUGAACAGAUUCGACGCUCGUCCGACCGAAGAAGAAAACACACAAACUGACACACAUGUUUGCACUUCUGAGUUAACUAUAACUGGAAAACAUUCAAGUCCUACAGUAGAUAAACAGGUAAUUGACCUGUCACAUUGCACGCAGAUGCCAGAUGAGGAUCUUUUGGGUGUCCAUUCUGUAACAGAUACAGAGAGCAAGGAAAGAGAUGAAUACACGGACCUGUUAAGGCUGAAUGAAAAUUCACCAGAGGAUCCUUUGGUGAGCAAAACACAAGUGAGUCCCUUCACAGUGGAGAUAUCCACAGAAAAAAUCAGCCCUGGAGAACAUACAGAACUGGAAUUCAGGGCUGAGAAAGCAACAGAUUCAUCACAAAAAGAUGAGUUGUCUACAAAACAGGAGCAAUUGUCCAAUGUCAGGGGCGCUCAGCAUUCAGAGGAUGCUGUAAAGAAAGUGGAUGAACAAGAUAUUCAGCCAACACAAGUUCAGGAUGAGCAACAAAAUUAUGACUCACCUGAAAGUCUGAUACUACUUCAUGCCACAGAAAAAGUUGAUAGCUCCUUUGGAAAUCUGAAAGACCAAACUGAGAUGAGGGACACUAACCAGUCUGAGUUGAGUUUUAAAAUUACAGAUGAUUCUGCACCCAAGGAGGAGGUUUCGAAUCCCGAUGAUAAACAGGAUCAGCGCCCUACACAAGAAAGACGUUUGGAGGCUUCAGACCAGAGGAAUGAGGAUUCUGAUGUGUAUGAUUCCAAACAUCCAUUCAUCAAAAACACAGAAAGAGAAGACACUGCACUAGGACAGGUGAAUGAGGGUGAAAGCCAAGUAGACGAUGAUGUAAAACACAAAGAUGAACAAGCUGUUCAUCAAGACAAUGAAGGAGUCAUCUCUGAAGUCGAAAAGAGCACAUUUUCCCCACAAACCCUGCUGUCAGACAUAGAUGCUCCUUUUGAUUCCAAUCGCCAGGACAUUUCUGUAAGUGUAGAUGAGCAAACCAACACUGGCACUGACCUCAGAGGGAACAGAAGAAAAUUGGGGUCCAGCCGUAGAAAGAAAGAAAGACAGCAAGGUAAGGCAUCUAAAGAGGAAGUCUUAGAAAUUACCACAAGUGAUGAAGCUAUUGAAAUAACAAAAAUGUCAUUAGCAACAGAGACAAAAAUUCAGGAAGGUUUAAGUCAAGGGGUCAAACAUGAUGUUUUCCCGUCUGUGUUACAUGACAGCUCCAUGUUUUUACUGUCUACGCCUGGUUAUUCUGAGGUUCAGAAACCUGCUGCUACAAACCAUCCUGAGGCUGACCUGGGAAGUUUAAUUCCUCAAAAUGAAAAUCUUCAAGAAGAUCAAGAAGACAGACAGACAGACUUUAAAGGGAUGCCAGAUAAAUCAGUGGGAGCCACACUGGAAGAAGUAGAUACAUCUGGUACAGUUGUUCAUCAGUCCGAAGUUAAUGUUAAGAAAAUGGUGGAAGAGGAAGGAAAGACACGAGAAAUGCUGCAAAUUGACAAGCUAUCUGCAGGUGCAACAGUUGAUGCCACAGACAAUUCAAAAAUUGUUGAAAUUAUUACCACUCUCCCAUCUGAAGUGAUGGUGAAAAGCAGUGAUGAUUCUGCAACCAAGCAGGAAGUUUCAACUCCUGAUGACAAACAGGAUGAGCAUCCUACAAAAGAAGACAACUUAGAAGCUUUAGAUCAGAUAAGUGAGGAUAAUCCUUCAUAUGAUACCAAAACACCACAGACCAGUGAUGUAGAAAGAGUAGAUAGCACUGCUCUAGUCCAGGCGUCUGAGUCUGAUGGCAGAGUAGAGGAUGAUGUAAAACCCAACCCUGCACAAAUAUUUCAUCAGGAGGCUGCACAACUCUUCUCUGAAAUGGAGGACAUCAAAUUUCCUGUACAAAGCUUUGAAUCGGAAACAAAUGUUGCUUCCGACUCCCAACCUCAUGACAGUUCUGUGAGCAUAGAUGUGGAAACCAACACAGGCUUCCAGCAGAGUGACAUCAGAAGAAAACUGGGGUCCAGCCGUAGAAAUAAAGGAAGACAACAAUUAAAAGACAACAAACCUACAGAAGAAACUGAUGAAAAUAAAAUUGAUUAUGAACCCAGUGAAACAACAGAAACACCAUUAACAACAGAGACAGCGGAUCAGGAAAUGUCAGCGGAGACUAUGCUGGAAGGAAUGAACAAAUUCGACAGUCAUCAGACCAAAGAAGAAAACAGACAGCUGCCAGAUGAGAAUCUUUUGGAUUUUUAUUCUGUACCAGAGCUAGAGAAGGGAAGGUAUGGAGCUCAGCAUUUGGAGGAUGCUGUAAAGAAAGUGCAUGACCAGGAGAUUAAGCCUAUACAAAUACAAGAAACGCCUCAAAUUGAUAACACACCUGUAAGUGUGAUAGAUGAUGAGACAAAUAUCACUGAAACCUUUAUAGACCUAAUAGAAAUCAGGGACCCAGACCAAUCAAAGCUGGCUGUGAAAAGUACUGAUGAUGAUACAAAAGAAAUCAACUUUGAGUCUUCAGACCAGGGAAAGGAAGCUGAUCGUGUAUUUGAUGCUAAGAAACCACAGCUCAGUGAUAUAGAAAGAGCAGACACGCUACUGGGUGAUUAUGUGAUUGAAAGCCAAGUAAAGGAUGAUACAAAAUCCAGUGCUGGAAAAACAGGUCGUCAAGAGGCGGGGCUCUUUUCUGAAAUGGAGGACAGUGAAUCUUCUUUACAAAGUCUGCAACAUGAGCUGCAUGCAGCUUUGGACUCCAAGCCUCAGCAAAACAACACAAGCUUCAACUCUGGUGGGAACACAAGAAAACUGGGGUCAAGCCAGGAAAAAUCAAUGGAAACUAUGCUGGAAGGAAAGGGCAAAUCUGACAUUGCUCAAAUUAAAGACACUGUUCAUGUCAAACAAAAUGAACAUUUUGGCCCACUUUAUGACAUCUCUGAGUUUAAUAGUUCAAGUUUGCAUUCAAGUCCAGUAGUAGAUCGACAGCAAGUCGAGUCAAACUCCAGCGAGAUGCCAGAUAAAGGGCUUCCCAUCACAUCCUCUGAGAUCAAAAAUGAAGAAAAGGAGAACACAGAACUUUUAAGACAGUAUGAACAUUCAGAGGGCAGCGAUUUGUUUAGUGAAUCACAUGUGGAAUCAGAAAAUAUAGAGUGUCCAACCACAAUGGAGAUAACCACAGAAAAAAGCAGCUCCAGAGAACAUACCAAAGUUGAAAGCAGUGUUGAGCAAUCAUCAAAAUCAGCACCAAAAAAGGAGUUGGCUUUAAGUGGGGAACAAAAUGAGUGUUUCAACCCAUUUGAAGUCACAGGAGCUGAGCAGUCAGAGGAUGUUGUAAAUAAAGUGCAUGAAGAGCUGAUUGACCCAAUACAAGUGCAAGAACUGCUUCAAAUUGAUACAGGACCCAAAUCCUGUCUCCAAGCACUGCCAUCAGAACUAAAUACUCCUUUGGACUCCCAGCAGGACGAGCAUCAGAGCAUCAAAGAUGAAUCUCCGACAGGCCCCAAUCCAGUAGGGAGCAGAAGGAAACUGGGGUCAAGCCGAAGAAAUAAGGGAAGGCAGCACGCUAAAGAAGAAGCUACAGAAAACACCAGAGAUGAUGAAGCCUCCAAAACACCAAACAUAUCAUUAGCAAUAGAGACGGCAAGGCAGGAAGAACUGACAGACAUCAAAUCUCCAGAGAAAAUAAGAAAAGUAAGUUCAACUGUGAAUGAAGAUGAAAACACAGAAAAGCUGCCAAACAAAGACACAUUUUUCAUAGACAGCAGUACUGUCGUGACAGCAGACAAUGACGUUCUCAAAUCUAAUAAGGAUGUUGAUGACAAAGACAAGAAACUUGUCAAAGAACCUGAGAAUUUAAGUCACCUCACAGGAUAUGACACAGAUAAAAUGGACCUGAUGCAACCGCCACAAGCCUCAGUUUGGAAAGAUGAUUUAUACAUGCAGAAUAUCUCACAUCACGAUGACAGUCUCAAUGCCGAGUCAAGCACUGUGGACAUACUUGCCCAAGAAGAAGCCUCUCAGCUCCAAAAUACAGAAGACUUAUUCAGACAAGACGUUGACGUGCAACAGACAAAUGAUGUAAUAGAAACUGUGGGACAUGUCAUGAUGGAGAGCUCCGUGGAUAAACAAGGUCCUGGACAGGGUGAAGUUGGACAAAACUUUGGAGAUUCUACAAACAAAAUUGACGCAGUUCAAGAAAUAAAUACAUCACAUAUGCUCGUUUCUACUGCACAAGAGCGGGUUGAGGAUGUUGAAAGUGGAAUUUCUACUGCAAUGGAUGCAUCUAACAGCCAAGAAGAAAAUCAGUCAGAUUACAAGAAAACUUUGCAAGUAAAAUCCAACCAAAAGAGGAGAAAGAUGGGCUCGACUCGCAGGAAUCAACUCAACAGGAAACAAGAGGGAGAAAUGGACAACAAAGAUGAAACAACAGAAAGCGAAGUUAACACUGAAGCUGAUGUGAGAAAUCUUGAUGAGAUGGAAGAUGUGAAAGAGCUGGUGUUACCUGCAGAGGUGUCACAAAAUGAAAAUGCAACAACUUUGCUGGGUGCUGUUUAUAAAGAACAACAGGAGGGUAAUGAAAUCAGCUCUGCUCAUGAUGAGGGGCAUCAGCUAGAAAGCAGCACUUCUAACCUGCAGAGCUUAGAGGGUAAUGUGAUACCAGGCCGACAUGAUUUAAUGGCUCUCCUUCCUGAACCGUCAGCCUCUCACACUGAGGAAGCCGUCGAUCCUGAUAGAAAGGAUGGUGAAAGAAGUGUAGAUGUUGGUGUGGAGCCAUCACAGCUAGAGGAGUUUACAAGCUCUAAGACACAAAUAACCCCUGUGAUCGCUGAAAGAAACAGACGCUCAUUAGAUCAGUUGCUGCCCCUAAAUACUGAGACCACAACAAAUACUGGCAUCGCAGGAGGAAGCCCAGUGCUUAGUGAGACCACUGAGACCACACAGAAUGAUAACGAAAGGGCAGAGAGCGCAACAGAAAUACAGGACCAAGAUUCUACUGAACAAAAGCCAAACACUGUGACAGAAGAAGCUCAAGUUAAAAUUCCUGAGACGAAGAACGCAAGUCCAAAUUUGACUCCGACCAACAGGAGAAGGAAGAUGGGCUCCACCCGCAGGAAUCUUGGAUCACGAAACAAAGGAGAAGACUUGGAUAAUGAGGCAACUGAAAUAACUGUAGGAGAUGUAAAGGCUGAGAGUGUCCCUGGAAUCAAAGAAAAGGAACUGCAACUUCACACAGAAUACAGCGAGGGUGACCCUGAACAAGAGCGAUUAUUAGAAACUGUGGAAUACAGCCAAGCUGGAGAGUCUCAUUCAACUCCUCCGACUCAGCAGACAGUUGAGAAAAAACCUGUUUCUCAAGGUGAACUUUUAGACACAGAGCAGCUGACUCCCCAUUAUCUUCCAUCCACCUCUACUAAAAAUGAUACAAUGUCAAUGUCGGCACCUGGAGGGAGGAGAAGAAAAAUGGGAUCUCACCGGAAGUCACGCGGGCAUCAAGGUUACGGAGACCAAACAGAAGAACAGGAGGGAAUAUUAGAUGAACAAAAUGGGACGAAUGUGAGGAGCAUCCCCGAGGAAGGUGUGAUCAAGCCAUAUGAAGAGCACAAAGAAGAACCAUCGGGUCUGCAGAAAAUAUCAGAGGGUGAUGAUCGUGACAAGAAACCUUCAUCCAACAUUAUUAUUUCAAAGCCUGGAGAACACUCAAAGUCUGUGAGUGAAAAGACUCCAUUUCAGCCUUCACGUGCUGAAAAUCGCCUGGGUCAGGAGCAGUUUUCUUUGGCUGGUGACCCCAGAGGGACAGGCCUCAGAUCAGACAGCUACCAUGUAGUGAUGAUUGGAGACAGCAGUGUGGGAAAGACUUCCUUCAUGAAAAGAGCUCAAACUGGGAAGUUUUCUUUAGAUAUACCAUCCUCUAUUGGCCUUGAUUCCUGCAUGUGGACUGUGGUGGUAGAUGGAAAACCUGUGGUUCUAGAGUUGUGGGAUACAGCAGGACAAGAAAGGUUUCGCAGCAUUACAAGACACAUUUUCCACAAAGCUCAGGCUUUUCUCUUAAUGUAUGACAUCACAUGCACCGAGAGCUUCUCUGCAGUCAGCUACUGGGCAAACUGUAUUCAGGAAAGUGCUACAGAAGACGUGACUGUUUUACUUCUAGGGAACAAGAGCGACUGUGCUAAGCGACAGGUUAAAACCGAACAGGGAGAAAUUCUUGCUAAGGAAUACAACUUUGAAUUCAUGGAAUGCAGUGCUGCCACAGGGGAAAACGUGGUUCAGUGUUUGGAAACUGUGGCCAGGAUGCUGAAUCAAAAAAUUGGCGCAAGAGAGGAAGCCACAGUGGUUCAACAAGAGGCAGGGCAGAAAAAAAGAUCAACAUGUUGCUGAGCAGAUGUGUUUGUGCAGAAAAUAAGUGCUGAAAUCUUGCAAACAGACGACAGUGUGCUGGUUGGAUUUUCUUGAAGGCUGGUGUUUGCAACAAACUGCAUUUAAUUUAACUCUACUUUCACAACUGUAAGUUAAUUUCCUUUUCACAAUGACUUUUAUCAAUUUGUUUCUUCCAAACCCACUAGGACAUGUAUUGAUUUAAAGGACAGUUUAAGAGUAAGUAAAGGCUGUACUUGCAUAAAAUAUAGUGGUACUAUACUUGUACUAAUAUUAUAUGCGGUGAGAGGACACCUAAGAAACCUUCAUGCUUAUAGUAGCUAACUGGUGCAGGGAGAGAUAUUACAUGUUGGAUAACAGAUUUAAUCAUUUUGCACUGUGUUUUCUUCUGCUAGUUUUCCUUCUGGAGCAUGAAACUAAAUCUCUAUUUGUGCAAUUUCAGAUUAUUAUUUUCAGAUCACAUGUGAAGAGUCUGGCUCCAGACUGAGAUAUAGCCAUUUAAAGACAUAACUUAUCUCACUAGUAAUUACAACUUUAAGUACUUAAGCACUUUCUAUUCAUGAAAAGUAUUUAGUUUCAGCUUGAAAACAGAUAAGUUAAUCUCCUCUAUUGUACAGUUAUCACUCUGCCAAGGAACGCUGCAAGGUUAUGUGAUGAUCGGCGUUGGUUUGUCUGUCUGUUUGUUUGAAAUAUUACUCAAAAACAGACUAAUGGAUUUGGAUAAAAUUUUCAGGGAAGGUCAGAAAUGAUAUGAGGACAAAGUGAUUAGAUUUUGGCAGUGAUGCGGCUUAAGUCUGGAUCCACAGAUUGGUUAAAGACUUCCCUAUCAUUGAGAGAUAGUAGCACAGCGUCACUGUAACUAUGACAAGUGAACACUACGUCAGCUGCCUGCUGACGAUCACAUGAUUGCGAUUCUACAACAAAUCCACCGCUGUGGACCACAAAUUGUUUAAAGAUUUCAUCCGUAGUAGAUCAUAGAACGACUGAGUUGCCUUGGCGGAGUACUACGCUCUCUGAGUACUUUUCUUGUUGAAUGUUUGCUCUACACUGUCUAUACUUUAUGGGAAUUAAUAUAUCGUAAUUGUGUAUAUUUAUGUUUAAACAGUUCAAUCUGAUCUCUGAGGUCACAAAGUGUGAUAUUUUCAAGGGUCUCUAAUGAUUUAGAGUACUUAUAUACGAGAUCAUUCUGUUUUUGUUUGCUACUCAGCUUUAUUCAGUAACAAUAUUAACUUUGUAAUGAUUUUGUGUGUUUGCCAUCUGUUCCAAAUUAUUAGUGCAUUCAUUCUCCUGCAGUUGUCAAAGCUGCCAGGUUGGCCAGAUAAUCAGAAAUGAAUUUCGUGCCUCUGUAAUUAAAUACACUGGUAUUAAAAUUGAUAACAUGUUUUCCCAUCUUAAUGUAAAAUUCUUUUAUUAUUAUGCUGUAUAUUUCCCCAUAACUUGUGUCACUGACUACCUUUAAUCAGAUUGUUCCAAUGUCAUGUCUCAUGCUUAAUAAACCUCCUGAGCAACAA